AUGCACUUUAGCGGCAACACGACCAUUGUCGACCAGUGCUUCCGCGAGUGUUACCAGGAGACAUGCGAAUGGAACGAGGCCGCCCAGAAGAGAACAAAGUACUUCAAGUGCCGCUUCGAGGAGUGCAGGGACCACCCGUUCCCUCGCAAGUCAGCCAUUGACAGCCACGUCAAGACCCACGUUGGCUUCCGUGAAUUCCGGUGCACUCAGGAUCCCGACACCAUCAGCUUUGUGCGCAAGCACGACCGAGACCGGCACCACCUCACGCACCGCGAGAGCAAGACGUUCAAGUGCGCCCAGUGCGGCGAGGACUUUGCGCGCAGCGACGCGCUGCUGCGCCACGGCGCCAAAGUUGGCGCCUGCAAAGCCCGCAUGGUCCUUGGCAUGUAA